AUGUACUUCAAAUUACUUUUAGAUUCAUAAGCUGUUAGUACGAAAUUUGAGGUAGAACUAAAAUCAUACUAAAUAACACAAGUCCUUAAGGAUAAAUUAUAUAUAAGUGAAUUAUUAUUGAAAACUCCUUUAUUUACUUAAUAAUAAAUAUAAAGAUUUGCAGAACCAAAGGUAUCAAUAAAUCUUAGAAAAUAUUAGGAUUAAGAAGAUGCUAGACUAAUAUUGGAAGCUAGAAAUCAAUAAAUCUGGUGGCUAAAAAAUUUGAUUAAAGAAAGCAAGUUCAGUUAGCCAUGA